AAGGACAGGUGAAUUUAUCUUAUUGACAGUAACCUUAUCAGUAUGAUCAUGUCUUAUCUUCUGAUACAUUAAAACUGAAAGUGGAAAAUGUUCAGGACAGUGUGUGCAAUAUGUUACUUUUACAUUAUUUAUGGCGACAGGAUGUCAAAAAUACAGAACACUAACCCUACGGUUGAACUGUUUGGUUUCCAAGACGUCAUGAUGCAUAUGGCUGGUGGAUACAGAAUAUCAUUUUAUGUAUCGGAAACAGACUGUAAAGACCCGUCGUCUUUGCCUGGAGAAUUUCACGAACCCUUUGGUGGAACAGUUGACUUCUACUUCCAAUACACUGAAGACAAUGUUUUGACAGCGCAAUUCUCAAUGUCAAAAUUCGAAAGAAACUCCACAGGAGGUCUGGUAACCAUUCUUCGGCAAGCUUUCUUAACACAAACAGACGAAGUUUACUGGAUGGUAUCAGUUCUUACACCAGACAAAUCUGAAGUUAUCUCAUCUUGGUCCUUUGCUUGCGCAUUUGGUAACAAUACAAAAAACAGCAACGAUGUGAGAUUUUUUGCAGACGAAACAUCACAACCACAACAGUUGCAUUCCUUUGAUGAUAUCAAAUCCGCUUUAAUGACGGGAAGCCGAGUGUGGUAUAACGCAAUGUUUUUUCUCUGUAAAGGAGAUGUUCCCUGGACAGUUACCGGUGGUCACGUGAGAGAUUUUGAUAUAACUGUCUCAAACUCUCAAGAGAUCAUCAGUUCCUCUUUGAAUGCUCUGGUACGUCGGACAGGUACAGUACAGUCAGAAUACAUUGUUGUUACGAGUGCAAUCCAUGACAACAGGAUUGUUAACUUCGAAGUGACGGAUAACUAUGCUAAGACAUUUAACACGGUCUUCAAUGGAACGAAAAUGUGUUACCUACAAACAACAAUGCCUGGUGGAACUGUCAAUUAUUAUGUUGUGUGAAUAUCAAUAUAAACAACUUGUAAAAUAA